AGAACUCUGGUGUGUCGCGGAGACUUUUUUCCUCAGCUCAGCGUCAGUUCAGUAUCAUCAUCGAGCCGCUGUUCGAGUCCUAUAAUGGGAUGGUGUCCACUGCCAGUGUGGAGGACUUGUGUCGGUCCACUCUGUCCUGGCUGGACCAGCACUGCUCCCUGCCCACCCUCAGACCCAUGGUUCUGAGUUCACUCCGUCUCCUGAGCACCACCACGGCCAUCCUCACGGACCCCAGCCUGCUGCCGGAGCAGGCCACCCUCGCCGUCACCCAGGGCGACCCCGCCGCCGCCGCCCUGCACCACUCCUUACAGCCCGCUACCCGGGACAACGUACACCCCAUGUGACCGUGAAGAACCGACUCGCCGGAAACUGGAGUCAGCCACAGUGCACAGCAGACACCGAGUCAGAGAAGGGCCGACGGAAAAGACUUUUAAUAAUCGCGUUCCAAUAAGACUCACCAGCCGCAGGAAGAAUGUAUCCCAGUUUACCCCAAAAAUCACAGGAACUCUUUGUGUUCGAUGCUUAAUUCUGAUAAAAGCAUAAUGUUCUUUUCACUCGACG